AUGCAUCAACAGUCAGUAUCAGAAAGUCAAUGUGUGCUCUCUUCUAUUACUCUGAAAGCCACAGAUGAUGAAAUUUUGGACGGUCUUCUGGAACGGUCUCUAUCGGCUUACUCAUUCAUCGAUCAAAUAUUGACCCAUUUCAUCUCGGUUAAUUUUCUUGGUGGCAAUUGCGAUAAUCUGGAAUAUGACCAAUGUUUGGAUGAACAAGCACUCUCGGCGCUGAGCUGUGAGGGUGAACGACCGUUCAAAUAUGCGAAAGCAUUGGGCCUGUUUUGGCUUUCCAAGCGCCUUGCUUCGAGAAUGUCCGAGGUUUCACGGACUAUGGUAAUCCGUUUUGGGCAUGUUAACAAGUUGUCCGCUAUCCAGGUUUUCCCCUAUUUAGUGUUACUUCUCAAAUGUAUAUACUUGCAUCAGUACCUACUGGGUCAGGAGCGUUCUGCCCAAUUGGAUGGCGAGUUCGUCGAAGUGUUGGAGAAAUGUGAAGAAGAACUGUCCGUGAGCGGCACAGUAGGCCAUAACGAUCAAACGGUGUACUAUUUACUGGCCUCUUAUUUGAGUGUGUUCUAUUACCGAUACGAUGCUGCUGAAAUAUUGGCCUCUCGGUGUUCGGGACACUUGAAAAUUGCGAUAAACUUUACAGGUGCCCUGGGGAAACGUACACGAUUUCAGCAAACCGAUGUGGCUAAUUUGCUCAUUCAAAUUCAUCGGUCACACGAGAUCCCUUCCUCUGCUGUGACCGAAUCAAAAGCACUUCCAAAACUUGUUUUACUCGAAGACGACACACUACUGAACACGGUGGCGUUCAGCGACAGUGAAUUCAGCAAAUCACCAUCAUUGUCAGUGCCGGAGCAGUGUUACAUCCUCCUGUUAUGGUAG